ACCAACUCCAACAAAAUGUUCUCUUUUCAAAGUAAAUUUUGGUGAAGUAGGUAGCCUCUUUCUACUGCAAAUCCGAAUACAAUUUUCAUUCUGAGACAUCGCAAUAACAUCACUCCAAAAUGAAUUACAAAAAAACUUCCUUAUUGAUUUUAAUACUUGUGUUGCUUCAACAUUACACUUCUGACGACGAUAUUCACUUCGAAAAAAACUUUAUUAUUGUAAAAGGUGCUGAUUCUUCGUUUCGACAACUUGUGGAUAUAUCGUCUUUAAAUAAAUCAGAUUUAUCGGUGUGCUCGUCUCAAAAUUCGUAUUACUGUGUCAGAUGGGAUGGCUACGCUCAAUUCAACGUCUCUAAGCAAGAUAAUAUAUGUAAAAAUUUCGAAUAUAAGACGACUUCAACAGACAAUCUGAAAGUAAGCUUUGACUUGAAAAAUAUACACGUUUACGGUGGAGCUGAAAGGAGAACUCAGUCAUGGCCCAUCGAAUCAUCGACAUACUCUGCUUUUCCCUUUGUUUCGAGUAAAGUCGAUGAUCAAGCAGUUUUAGAACCAUUUUGGUUGUUUUCCGAUGGCAGUUAUCUGUUUAUCGAUAAACAAACUCCGUUAUUCAUCUCGAUCAACAAAAGUGCAAAUACAUUCACAAUUAUAGCGGAGAACAAAGAUCCGUAUUUAAAAAAAAAUCAGACCGUGCUGAAGUACAGAAUAUGUAAACUACCUGAUAUGAAAGCGGCUUAUUUACACGCUGUAAAUAACGUUAUCCAAAGACCGCAGGUUAUAGUCGAUGUUGACACUAUACGUAAACCAAUCUGGUCAACGUGGGCUGCGUACAAAACUAACAUAUCUGAAAUAAUAGUAAAAAAUUUCGUAGACGAAAUUUUAAAACGCCAUUUUCCCAUAAGUCAUGUAGAAAUAGACGAUAAAUGGGAAACCUGCUAUGGUAGUUUGACCGUAAACAAGACUCGGUUCCCAGACUUGAAGAAGCUCACAGCGGAUUUGAAAAAACGAAAAGUCAAAAGCACCAUUUGGGUUCAUCCAUUUAUCAACGUCGAUUGUCAACCAUUCCACGACGAAGCCAAAAAGAAGGGAUAUUUUGUAAAAAAUGACACUGGCACUACCGUAGAAUGGUGGAACGGCAAAGGUGGUUAUAUAGAUUUUACUAAUCCGGACGCCUAUGAAUGGUUUAGAAAACGACUCGAAGCUUUGAAGAAUUCUACCGGUAUAGAUGCUUUUAAAUUCGACGCCGGUGAAAGUGAUUGGGCUCCUGACAAUCCAGUGUUUAAAAACCCCGAUAAUAGCGAUUAUCCAGAUUCGUCGUUGAAGAAUUAUGUCAAGUUAGCAUCUAGUUUUGGGAACAUGGUUGAAGUUCGAGUUGGUAAAGGUACUCAGCAGUAUCCGGUGUUUGUUCGAAUGAUAGAUCGUAACAGUACUUGGGAUCAAAGCGCCGGACUGUUGUCUUUGAUACCAACGUUACUUCAAAUGAAUAUUAUCGGAUAUCCAUUCGUAUUACCUGAUAUGAUCGGAGGUAAUGAGUACGAUAACGAAGUUCCCGAUGAAGAAUUAUUCAUAAGAUGGUUGCAAAUAAAUGUAUUCAUGCCAACGUUGCAGUUCUCCAUUCCUCCUUGGAAUUAUGGUAACAAAACGUGCGAAAUCGUCUUUAAAAUGCUUAAAAUACGCAAUAGCUUUUCCAAUCUCGUACUGCAGUCGAUGAAACAAUUCGUCAAGAAAGGUAUUCCGGUCAACCCUCCUUUAUGGUGGAUAGAUCCUAAUGAUAAUGUGACGUACACUAUCGAUUCACAAUUCAUGUUGGGAGAAGAAGUUCUGGUAGCUCCUGUGCUUACCAAAGGAGCUAAAAGUCGAGACAUAUACCUACCAAAAGGAAUUUGGCAGGAUGGUAAUCAUAAAAAGGAUAAAAAAAUUAAUGGACCUAAGUGGCUGCGUAGUUAUAAAGUAGAUUUAGAUACGCUGCCAUAUUUUAUUAAAAUGAAUAAUUCAGGAAAGCCUAAUCAGGGUGUCUAACGGUCCUUCCAGUCCUUCUAGGUCAGUAAAAGUUUGUCUUUUU